GUAUUCAUUUGCUUUACGUAAUAGGGUAAUAGACUAUUUACGUUUUUAAUCCAUGAUUAACUUAAACGUUAACUUUAACCUACGGUUAGGUAAUUAAUUAUUUAACCGAGGCCUGGUGGAACCACCGUGUCUUCUAAUAGUUCUCACAAGAUGGCGCACUUAUAAAAAUUGAUUUGAAAUAUUUGUUGCUACUGUACAUGAAUUUGUACUUCGUGUCGCUUUACGUUCAGCGGUUGUUUAUAACAGCACGUGGUAAUUAUUAUUUAAUCGAGUAAUACGACAAACGUGUAGAAAUUUUAUCCAACAUGGGCACGCCUGAUGUCGAAAAGCCAGAACCCUCAAAUUCGCAUGAAACGGAAAAAGCAAAACCGACGAAAAGAAAGCAGAACGAUGAAAGUGUUAUGGAAGUAGAUACAGUUCAAGGAAUAGAGGGAAAGGUAAAAGUAAAGCCAGCUUCAAAAAGAGCGAGAGGCAUCCAAGGGGAACAACGGAAAGUACCUGUCCCGGCACAUAGAUAUACACCACUAAAGGAGAAUUGGAUGAAAAUUUUUACACCUCUAGUAGAACACUUGCAGUUGCAGAUUCGCUUUAACCUAAAAACUCGAAACGUCGAGCUCCGCACAGGACCAGAGACUUCGGAUAUAGCCAAUCUUCAAAAAGGCGCUGACUUUGUAAAAGCAUUCAUCUAUGGAUUUGAAGUAGAAGAUGCAUUGGCCCUGCUAAGAUUAGAUGAUUUGUUUAUCGAAACAUUUGAAAUACAAGAUGUCAAACCUCUGAAAGGUGACCAUACAUCUAGAGCGAUCGGAAGAUUGGCAGGUAAAGGAGGAAGAACAAAAUUCACGAUAGAAAAUGUGACAAAAACUAGAAUUGUACUAGCUGAUAGCAAAAUCCACAUUCUUGGCUCGUAUCAAAACAUUCAACUUGCGAGGAGAGCUAUUUGUAAUUUGAUACUCGGUAGUCCACCGUCAAAAGUUUAUGGACAGUUGAGAAACGUAGCAGGUAGAAUAUCAGAACGUUUGUAAAUAAAAUUUGAUAAUAAAAUAAGAAAUAAUUUGUUUCAUA